AUGGGUAAUCAGGUGACUAGGCCGGAUAGAAAAGGAGUAACGAUGCCACAACAUGCCCUAAUGAAAAUUGCGCGCAAACCGCAGCGAGGUCAAGAUACAGCCAAUAAAUUGCCACAAGUAAUGCCACGAAGAUAUUGUUAUCUAAAAUUCUUACGAAUGAGUCGUAUAAAAGAUUAUCUGUUGUUGGAAAAAGAGUUCAUUCAACGUCAAGGGAAACGUGGAUCAAUCAGUGAACAACAGAAGAAGGAACGUAAAACUGUGAAUGCAUUACGUGGCUCACCUAUUGCACUUGCUCGAAUUCAUGAGCUUUUCCUCGAUGAAAAGCAUGCUGUAGUGGUUAUCGAAGGUAAUAAACGGGAAUGGUACAUACCGAUAUUAUCCAUCGUUGACAAAGAUCUAAUUCGGAUUGGUGCAUUGGUUAUGGUAAAAGCACAAGGAUCCUUGAAAAAUGUUCCUAUUGCAGUGGUUGGAGUAUUGCAUGACAGCGUUGAUGCUUCUAAUUCGAUCAUCAAUAAACUUGAAAGAGCACCCAAAGAAUCUUUCAGUGAUAUUGGAGGAUUGGAAGAACAGAUUCAGGAAAUCAAAGAAACUGUCGAGUUACCUCUUGUUCAUCCGGAAUAUUAUGAAGAAAUGGGUAUUACAGCGCCAAAAGGUGUCAUUUUGUUCGGCGAGCCGGGAACAGGAAAAACUUUGCUAGCUAAAGCGGUAGCACACAGUACAUCGGCGACGUUCAUCAGGGUUACUGGUGCUGAUCUGAUCCAGAAAAAUAGCGGCGAUGGCUCCAAAUUAGUACGGUAA